AUGCGCUAUGAUGGAAGUUGUACCGACCAUCCUGAAGCCUCGCGGAACUUGACGCUACUUCUGGAGAAAGACUAUCACAGUUGUGCUGAAAUCCCUGGUGCCAGCUGCAUGCAUGAGCUGGUUGCUGGGAUGUGCCCCUGGUCGUGCUUGCAAUGUGUCCCUGCGGAUCCCGAAGUCGUUGCCGAACAUGCUUUGCUGCACGAGGAUAUCAUGAAGUAUUGCGAUGAUGCCAACUGCCAGACUGCAGAUGAGGAGGGCUCCAUUUGCAAGACUGCCAAUCCACACGCUCAGCAAGUUCCGUGUUUGAGCUUGCUGAAGGCCUACUGCGACGAUGCUGGAUGUCGCAGCGCUGAUGUGGAUGGAAGGGACUGCAGAGCAAGGAACCCUCUGGCUCAGCAGAUCGAAUGCGUUGUACUUACUGAGGAUAAGAUGAUCGACGUAAAGACUGCCAAUGCCUCCUCAGAUUGCGUAAACCUGCCGAACACGGGAAUCAAGUUCAAAGGUGGCGCUCAGGCUUCCUGUCCAGAUUUGCAAAGCUAUUGUGCGCACGCCACAUACGGCGAAACGGUGCGCAAGGCUUGUCCGGAGACCUGUCUGGACGAAGGGUAUCCUUGCAAUGCGUCUCGCGCCCUGACAGCUUUUCGUGGCGAUGAUGAAGGAUGCCGCGACAGACCAAUGCACGAGUCGCCAGUUCUGUUGCUCCGCGGCAAAGCCCAAGAGUGCUCCAAUGUUAGUUUCUACUGCCUUCAUCAUUCAAACUCUUCUGCCGUGCAGAAGAAAUGUCCAUUCAGCUGCGGCGCAUGUGUACCAAAGACCGGCUAUCAGCAUGAAGAGGAUGACGAGAACGCUGACUAG